CGAAGAGGAGGAGGAGAAGAAGGAAGGGGAGAAAGAGAAGUAGGAGGGGGAGAGGGGGAGGAGGAGGCGGAGGAGGAGAAGGAGGAGGAAGAGUAAAAGGAAAAGAAGGGGAAUGCUAGGGUCGGCACUCUGACGCAGAACGAGCUGGCACCGAGAUGGUGGGGAGAACACAUAAACCGAGUAUAAACCAGGCAUAAACUUCCCCCGGCGGGUGGACCUGUUCCCCCCUCCCGAAAAAUCCUCCUCACUACCACGGCCGAAGCGCACGCCACACGCAUUCCCAUACACAGGACACACGCGUGCCGCGUCAGCCUUCUCGGUUCUCGCAUCAAACUCGAAGCCAGACGACAUUGGGGCCAAGACGGCAGUCGCGAGUCACGCGCAGCGUGCAGUCAGUUUGCAGAGUGACACCGUAGCGAGCGGACGUGUGCGUUUCUCUACGCGAAACUCGUUCUAUCCAAUUGUACGAUCAGACAACGAUCAUACAGACCGUACACCCAGCUCUCCGUCACCUGCUCGCCACCAGAGUUCAAGUUCAUCGGUCUCCGGAAGGAAGACCGCGUUCGGGUGGUUUCGCGAAUUUUAUUCGUAAUCGUAAUACGUACACAGUGCUCUGUUCGUUUCUUCGUGUGACUUUUAUUUCUUUCACGGCGGAUCCGUACUCGGAAACCGGAUAGGUGUUCCGAUUGUUACUUUGGCAGUUUGACUUGUUUUUUUUUUUUUGUACUGCCUCUUUUGGUGCGACGUACAUAUACCUCCGUUGGUGAAAUCUCACUGGAUUUACCCGUCGAAGAGGGAGAGCGGUUACGAUCGCGUCACGCGAUAAUACGAGCGUUAUUAUGACGGUGACUCUCGUUACGUUGGUUCGACGAACGGGAUACUUUGCGCUCAGCCAGUGAACUGCUUGCGUGUCACGCGGAAAACUGUAUUCGACCGCCUGCUUUCGAGCGAUUCAAGACGAGCCAAAGUGGAUCGCUGUUCCGUUGUUCGACGCUGCUCGACUGAAUCUUUCAAAAUUGAUGUACUAAGAAGACAAAUUAUGGUGGCAGAAUUUGUCGCCCGUCAGAGUGGAUCACCCAUCAAUGGUGAGACCGCGUGUCUGAACAGCAACAUGCCAGCCAGCCAUAGUAUGGCGCACGCAGGUCAUGGUGGCCACGGUGCACACGAUGCCCAUGGACCGUUGCCUCCGCUAACGCACCCGGCUCAUCACGCUGGUCCUCCAUCCAUGCAACAACAGCAGCAUCAGCAUCAGCCGCAGCAACCGCCGCCGCCGCCGCAGCAGCAGCAGCAGCAGCAGCAGCAACAGCCACCGCAGCACCACCAUCAUCAUCAUCAGCAACAGCAGCAACAGCAGCAGCAGGCUCAGCAGCAGCAGCAGCAGCAACAUCACCUCCACGAUGCCCAACAGGUGACACAUCCUGAAAAUUUCCCCCCGAACUUCGACAUCAGAAAAGAGCUAUUUUCUCAGCGCAAGCAACGAGAGUUCAUCCCGGACAACAAGAAGGAUGACAGCUACUGGGACCGCAGGAGACGCAACAACGAGGCUGCCAAGCGGUCUCGCGAGAAGAGGCGCUUCAACGACAUGGUGCUCGAGCAGCGUGUCAUGGAGCUCAGCAAGGAGAACCACAUCUUGAAGGCGCAACUCGAGGCGAUAAGAGACAAAUUUGGUAUAUGCGGCGAGUCCGUGAUUAGUACGGAACACGUAAUCGCGACUCUUCCAACCGAACCUCCCAUCACCGUCAAAAGGGCGAAACUUCCGGCCUCGGCGGCCCUCCUUUACGCCAGGACACCCAGUCCAGUGCACACGUCGGUGAUUCAUCAGCCGGUGAGCGGAGCUCGAUCGCCCAGAUCACCGGCUCAGUUGUACGUGCCCGAAACGACGGCAUACCCCGAGACGGAAAGUUUCCAGUAUCCUUAUCCUCAUCCAGCGAUGCACCUAGAUACGACAAGCGCGUUGAAUCUGUCCCGUGGACGACGCGCUCAAUCGCCGUUCGAGUUGUCAUCCGGAAGCGGUGACGAAGGUCCGCAGUUGGUGGUCAACUCCCAAAAUCCGGCAGCUAACAAUAGUUUGCCUCACAAGCUGAGGCACAAGUCGCGCAUCGGCGACAAAGAUGCGGCCAGCGCGCUAUUGGCGCUUCAAGGUAUCAAGCAGGAACCUGGUCCAAGGGCAUCGCCUCCGUGGGACAACGAAGGGUCCAGCGACGAACGCGAUUCCGGGAUUUCGUUGGGUGCCGAAUGGACUGGCCCCACCGUGUCCGCCGUUCCUGAAAGCGAGAGGGAGGUGAAAUCGAGGCUGGAUCGUCUUGCUUCCGAAGUCGCUUCUCUUCAGUCGAUAUUUCGCCUUGGGAAGUCGGCGGACAGUUUGGUUACUGGACAUCCGCUACCCGCAAACGCUACCAUCAAUGGCCCGUGAGAGGACGACCAACGGUGAUGCUCCUUUCUUCGUGGUUUUCCAGCGAAAUCGGCCAACGACUCUUUCCCUUUUCGUCCCGUGCGCCGCUUUCUUUGCGAUCCGCGAACAGAUCCAAAGAUCCUUCGGCUACGUUCCAAGCGAACCUUCCAAGUGUGAUGGUAGUUGGUAGUUGGUAGUAGGAAGCGAAGUGCGUUGGUAGUAGUCUCGUGAUUUCUUGCAUAAUUUCGUCUUUCACGUAAAUCCUCGAAUCGGAGGAACCGGAUAUACAUACAUAUAUAGAUACGUACAUACGAUAUGUACAGUUUCUAAAUAAACUACUACCGACGUUGCAGUAUUGGAUCCGCAUGCGCUUUGGUAUCGGCCAAUGUCGUCGCGUCUCACGAAUCGUCUAUGCGAUUCAUUAUCGCCCGGAUAAGUUAGAUCAGUCAGAUAAGUUAGGAUAGGUAUUAGCUACCUAUACGUUGGUAAGGUGUCUACUAGACUUAUGUUCGAUCGGGUAACUCGAACCCACGAUGACCACCACCGCGAAACCGAAGCCACUCUCUCCGACGGAACUGUCGAAAGCCGAGAUUACGUCCAAUCGUCAUCGGCCUGGCGUUCCACGUCUUUCUUUGCACAGUAGACGCGCUUACAUAUAAAAAUAUAAAAAAUACCUUUGAUCAAAUUUUAAGCCAGUUCUCGUAUUUUACACAUCCAUCGACUCAACGGUAAUCUAUGCACGCCGUCUUUGAAUUUCAGAAAAAUUCUCUCGUUCGAUCGAUUCGAAUUAACUUAUCGAUCAGCAUUUCGCGUAACAUAUUACGUUCGCUAUUAUAGAUUCAGAAUAUUGACGUAAACGGCUAAAGACACAUUCGUCGAAGAGUAAAAAAGUUAGUUACUCGAUUCGAUCGGUCGAAUCGACCAACGAUUACGUGCUUGGAUGCCUUACGCCAAAAUAUGGGUUUACCCUACACUGUCCAAGCUGUCGUAAUGAUGAUUUAGAUGAUAAGAUGCGAAAUCUAGGGUAUAACUAACUUAACGAUGUAAGACUUUUUUUAGGGUACUCGGUUGACAUUGUCACCGUUAUCCUCACUAGCGAGUUCGUUUGUUGAUUCGGGCAGCCGUGUAGCAACGUCGACUAAUCGAAUAAUCGAGCUUUAUUUGGUAAAUCGUACACUGGACCCGGACAACGGUAAUUCAAAUUAAUUUUCGACUCGAUGCAUUCGAUUCGUAUUAUUCGGAACGCGGCGAGGACGUUAAUCCGAAGAUCUUUGGACGAUUUAUCGCUAUUUAUUCUCCGUCGAAAUUUAACAAAAGAAUAAAAGACUUGGAACAUCUUCGGAUUCGCGGACCUCCAACUUUCCCCCGGUACACGAAUCUACUUCCCGGUUGACAACUUAUCGCGCAACCGGCUAAUUUUCACUACCGUCGAUUCAUUCUUAACGAUUUAAUCUCCACAUCGCGUGCGCGAAUCUUUAUCGAGCAAAGCAAUAACUUGUUAACUUGUUUUUAUCGUACGAAUCUUUUCUCUUUCUCUCUCCUGAUUGCUCUUUCAAGAACAUCGAUGGGCUAUCCCCACCGUUCUAUCUUUCGUCUCGAGAACGGCCCGGCCAAUCGUCUUCGAUUCGACUAUAGUAUUCGCACGUGUGACAUCAAUUUCGAUUUAUCUACGAGUCUAAUCGUCCAAGUCUUGCUAGAACGUUUCUCGGUGUCGUUCUCUCGAUACCGAACACGCGCGGCGAUCUGUAAAUAACGUACCCCUACCAUCGAAUCGAACUUGGUCUCUCCCAAUCGUUAUCUCGUUUCAUCUUUCGUUUCUUUUUCUACUUUUAUUGUUAGCGAUCGAUACGAACGCAUCUGUACAUAUGUAUGUAUAAACGAGAGAAUACCGUGUACAAUUCGUGUUUAUGCUUACCGGUGCUUCGUGAUAUUUGGCACUCGGAGCCGCGAAGGAUCAUCGACGCGUGUCGACAUCCCUUUCUUUCUUCGCGGAUAUGACAAAAGUGGACAAAGCGAGAUUUGUCGGAUAUCAGAAUCUAUGCGUAAUAUUCGAGCGAUUAUCGAGCGAGCCUAUAAGUGUAUGUAAUUAUAUACAUAGUGCACAUAUACAAGAAUUAUACAUACAUAUAUGUAUAUAUAUUUUUUCAAAUUGAUGUAUUUUUCGAUAUUGUGCGAGAGAGUAAGACGAGAACGGUCUCCGCGUGAUGUAAUGCUUUUGUGUCAUACGUCAUACGUAGGAGGAAGGACGUGCGUGCGUCGCAUGAAAGAACGAAUUCUUUUUAAAUGGAAAAAGUGAACCGAUUAUCACGACAAUCGAAGCAAGUUCGUAUCGAAAUUUUCCCAACAUCUCUGAGCAAAUCCGAUCGAUAGAUCUACGGCGUUGAAACAACAGCGUUUGUUACAAUUGUUCUGAAAAACACAUCGCAAGACUGUUUUAUCGUAAUCGACGUUCAUUCGCGGAAGGAUCUCGUUUCUUUUUAUCGUCCCCUCCUCCACUCAUUCGUACUUUUUACGUUAUUUUCAUUGCGUGAAUUUUUUUAUAUUUUAUACGGCAUGUUUAUACCUAUUAUUAAUAUUAUUCGUAAAGAACGUUUUAUCCGUUGGCGAACGUCAGCCAACGGCAACACUCGACGAACGCUUAUCGUCGCCGCUCAAACAUUUCACAGUUUGCUCAGAAUGAACGAAAACCAUUAGGAAAAGUCACGCAACGAGUAGCAACGACGAAGACGCAUACCAUUGAAAAUUGAAUCGUACUCGAUUCUUUAUCGAAAACCAUCAAUUGUCGGACAAACGUGCCCGUUAAGUAAUACCUCGAUUCCAACAUAUUCUGCCUUCUCUUGUACGAUUGCGUCACGCGGCGAUAAAUUUGAUGAAAAAUGGAACCUUUCGAAAAAUCGAACGAUUUAUUUAGCAUCGUUCCGUAGUUGAUUUACCGUAACAUACCACGAGUGCCUAUAAUAACGAAACUGAACGCGUAUCCUGCAACAAAGCUACAGUUUCACGAGCAGCCCGAUAUUCGAAGCACGUUUCAUCGCGAGAGGACGGUUUCGAAGGAACGGAGCUAUGUUAUUUGUAAAUAGAAAUUCGUUCGUGAUCGCAGAGCGGCAAUCGUCGCAGGUUUCACUCGUAAAAGAUUCCAAAUGUCCAACUCCAUUUUGCCUUCGAAUCAGCUUAACCAUGAGAAACCGUUAGCCUCGACCACGGCGACCAUGAAUUUGUACAUAACUAUUGCACUUUUGCCAAAAAGCACGCUAUUCGUGCCGAUGAACGUGGCCAAGAUGUCGAAGGCGUGUGUGAGCAUCGGCCGGAGAAGGAACUUUUAAUUCUCUUCGUUUAACCAUUCUCGUGUCUUCUCUCUUUCCGUACCCUGAAAUAGCUUCUUCGAGGACAUUUCGCAUACAGUUCCUAAUACAGUUAUAAUGGUACAGCGACUUAGACGGUCGUCCGUUGUCCACGAUAAACAUGAUUCCAAUACGAGUUUCUCACCCUCCUCUCUCCGGCUGUACGGAGAUAUAAGUAUUUAAAUCUAAGGGACAUAUCCACAGCGUGUAGUGUACUUGUAUAUGAAUACCGAAAUAAAUAUUUUCAAUGUUUUUGACAAUACUCGA